CACGUUAGAAUAUAAAUAUUUUCAAGGUAACAUAGAACUCCACCAAUAGCAAUUAAUGUUAUCUUCGAAAAUCAACAAAAAAAUUUUAUUUCUCGUUUGCCAUUUGAUUCAAGUAAAUACUGUACUUGAAAAAAACUCGCGUUAAGUUUUUUUUCUCUGCUUAGAUGUUGAGGAUCUUUGCACGAUUGCAUGGUUAUGAUUAUUGCUACAACAAUACACUUCGUCAGAUGGCCCAGGCAGUUUUUCCAAAACCCGUUGAAACUCUAAUGAGGAAGAAAUUGGAGGAAAAGUUUAAUCCUGUUUACAUGGAUGUGCUCAACGAAUCUCAUAUGCAUAAUGUGCCCAAAGGCUCAGAAACACAUUUUAAAGUUGUCGUUGUUUCCGACAAAUUCGAAAAUUUACCAUUGAUCAAGAGACAUAGAUUAGUUAAUGAGUUACUCAGUGAUGAAUUGCGGUCUAAUGUUCAUGCACUAUCCAUUGUCGCUAAAACACCAAGUCAGUGGGCAGAGUCCACUAAAGUAAUUGAGCCUAGUCCUAAUUGUAGAGGUGGAUUUGGCAAAUAGGCUUAUUGUGAUUGACAAAUUUUUAUCAAGCUUAUUUUGUAAUGAAUAGCUAAAAUUUUCUAACAAUGCAUUGAAAAUGAUUUU